UGUAUUCUAGUGAAAAUAAGUACCAGCUCUGUGGUUAAGAGUAAUAGCCUAAGACUUGUUUCCAGAAUGUAAGUUCCUGAAGAUCUGCAGCAACAGCAAGCUAGAUCCUUAUAGCUAAGGGAAUAAGAUGUGUCACAGUGCUGACUUGGUUUCUUCUGUUUUAGUUAGCUGACAUGGUCUUUUCUUCUCUUGAGAAUUCUCAAAGAAAUCACAAGUUACAAAAUUCUAGGCUAUUAGAAAAAUUCUAGACUCUUCCAAACUUUGUUCUUUGUGAAUGGUCCUCUGGAUUUCUUUAAUACUGCUAUAAAAUGAAAGAUUUCUGUUGUGACUGAUAGCAGGUUGAGUUUGUGCUAGUCCUGUACUGUUUUGUUCAAUGGUAUAAGUGUUCAUUUUUAUAAGAAAAUUUCACAUAAACUGUGUCAUGAGUGUAUAUCAGUAUCUACAUAAGUAUGCAUAUUUAAAAUGAGGCAUUGUCUAUUUUGUAUGUUUUAAUUUUUACAUAUUUAUACCAAAUAUUGCACUGACUAGUGUUUGUGUUUGCAGGGCCUUCUGAUAUCUACCGUUUUGACUGACUACAUCAAUAAGAUGCUGAUGCUCUUGGCUAUUCCUUCAUUCUUCCUGAAACUUUGAUAAAACAGCUAUGCCUGUUCAGUUGCUGAAGAUCAUCAAAGGAAGAUCUAAACCUCCGCUACCAAGCCAUUUGCAGAAGGAGGAUUUGAAACAUUUGCAAGAAGGCUUUGAUCAUACCAACAAAUAUUUUCAGGGAAUAGUUAUUCUUUCCUACCCGGUAACAAAACUCAGAGAUGGGACAGACUUUUUCAAGGUCGUUCUUCAAGAUACGGAUAACUCAUGUUCACGGAUCAACAGCAUCAAUAUUUUAAUAUAUGGAAAAAUGGCAGAGGAUUGUGCACAAGUUGUACUCCCUGGGGACACCGUUGUAGUUGCAGGAUUUAAGUUGGCAAAAUCGCCUACAGCACGAGAGGAUGGUAGACAUGGUUGCCACCUGGAGGUGUCUGAAGAAUCUGGAUCAGCCAUUUAUAUUUACAAUAGACAAACAACAACUGCUGCUUCAAAAACUGCACUGGUGUCUGUUGCACCCAAAUAUGUGUACACUCCUCUGAAUCAUCUUAAACAUGGAACCGUAGUGAAUUUGUAUGGCAUUGUGAAAUUCUUCAAGCCUCCAUAUAUAAGCAAAGGAACUGAUUUCUGCUCAGUUGUAACACUCGUGGACCCAUCAAAUGCGAAGUUAACAUGCUCUCUUUUCAGUGGAAAUCUGGAUUCCCUACCAAAAAUCUACAAAGUUGGAGAUAUUGUCCGAUUUCAUAGAAUAAAGAUCAGGGAAUACAAUGGACAGAUGCAGGGAAUUACCAGUGGAGGAUUUGCAUCCUUGACAUUUGAUGGAAGUGUAGGAGCGCCAAUAGUUCCUCGAACCUCUAGCAAAGGGUACAGUUUCGUGGAUGAAGAACACAAAACAGUAGAAGAUUUACGUAUUUGGGCAGCCAGUAAUCUUUCUAUCUCUGAACCUGCAGUAAAAUUGUCUGGUGUUCAGCCAAUGCUGUUCUUUGAUCUCACUUGCCAGCUGGUAGGAAAAGCAAAAGUGGAUGGAUCUUCUUUUCUUCUAAAGGUAUGGGAUGGCACAAAAUGUCCCUACCCAACAUGGAAGGUUCCUGUGGAAGCAAGGGACCUGGAAGGAGAAAAAGUUCUUCUUCGUCGGCUGCAAAAUCUAACAGUAGACAUUCUAGUUUAUGACAACCAUGUACAUCUGGCAAGAUCACUUAAGAUUGGAAGUUUUCUGAGAAUUUACAGUAUUCGUACAAAACAAGCAAGUCCUGAUAAUGAAGAUGCCUCACAUCUAGAAUUUCAUCUUCAUGGAGGUACUGGUUAUGGUCGAGGAAUAGGAGUCUUACCAGAAAGUAACCCGGAUGUUAAGGAUCUAAAAGCAUUCUUAGAAUCGGUGGAUCUGCCCGACAGUCAGGAUAUGGAAAGCAUGUCUUCAGUUGAAGUACGUGACUAUUUUUACAGUGAUGCAGAUUUUGAAUCAGACUUGAAGAGGUAUCAGCAGUUACCUGUUACAGUAUUAACGAGUCAUCUGGAUCUGAAUAACACAGAACUGAAAACCAUUCUGAGCAGCGCGGCUCCUCAGCAGUACCGCAUUAGAGCAAAGCUGGGAACUUAUAAACCCCAGAAGCUCUAUCAGGCUGUUAAACUUCGUUGUUCCAAAUGCAACUCUUUGCAAGAUGUUCCACAUGGAGAUGAGUUGGCCUUGAUUUUACAAGGAUCUGCCAUUCCUGCUCCAAACCCAGAAUUACACAACACAUCCUGGUAUGAUUCUGCAAUGUGGACUACACAAGACCAGAAACAAAGGAAAAUAGCUAUCCAUUUUGUAAGGCAUGAAGAAAUUCUUCAAGAUCCUAAAAAUUCAUUGCUUAUGAUAGAAGGUGGAACAUUAAAAGAAAUCUGGAAGCUUACAAAGAAAUUUAAAUGUGUUAUUCCUGUGAGAUCCACAGAACAUGAUCUUGACUUAUUAGAUCUUUCAGUUCCUUUUCUUUUCCAAGGGAACAUAAAAUAUUAUGGGUGCAAGCAGUGUUCAACUCCAAAGCCUAUCAAGAGUCUAAGUUCCAUGGUAGCAGAAAAACAACAACCAUCAUGGGAACCAACUGAAAUAGCACAAGUUUUAGGCAUUGAGCCACUCCAGUAUGUUUUUAUUAUGAAGUUUACACUGGUUGAUGGAACAGGAGCACUAGAUGCAUACCUUCUUGACUAUGAAAAGUUCUUCAAAAUUCCUGCCUCUGAAAUCUUAACUACUGAUUUUCUUCAGCAGAAGAUGCAGAUGAUCAUGAAUGCGCUCUGUCCUCCAGGAGGAAAAUUAGAUGACUUGCCAUGGCUGGAAUGCUUCAUCAAGUCCUAUAAUGUCAGAGAUGCAAUGAAUCAUCAAGUUUAUUACCAAAUUUUUGACACUACAAUUGUUGAAGAUGUUAUAUAGUGAUGUGUUGCUAAUUGGAUUCUUACUGGAUUACUUCCUGUUUUGGGAUCGGAGACUGUAUGAAAAAUAUUUGUUCCUUUCUUGGAAUUCAACCUGUAUAUAUGAAGUUUCAGUUUGUAUAUUAAUGUGAAUGGAAAUUAUGCUUUGAUGUAUUUACUACUUUCCUGGAAUACAGCCUUAUGAUCUGAGUGCAAGGGCAGGUGCUAAGCUUUUCAGUGGAAGCUGCUUGGCUCAGGCCAAGGUAGGCAGUCUAGUAUUCACCUGUCCUUCAAGAAGGCAGCGAUAAGGUUACUCUAAACUGUGUUUUACUCAGAAAGUACAGUCAGAAUGUUGCUGCUUUGUUCAUUUCUGUUUUAAAAUAAACAAGGUCAGCAGAGAUAAGGAAAAGGAGCUCUUCAGUAAACUUCUCAAGACAGCUUUGUGCAAGCAUGUGUUACUGUUCUCAGCCAGUUUGAUGGGGAGGUUGGCCAUUUUUAGACUAAUUUGAUUUUGCACCGAUACAUACGUUUAGACAGAACUCUUCCUGAUAAUCAUGAAGGUAAUUGCUGUGUGCACCAGUUACUGUAAAUUUUGAUGGAGAUAUGAAUGUGACCGUGUAAUGACUAUCACUAAAAUUAAAGUCAAGCUAUGAAAGUAAGGUAAAAUCGUAAAAUGAAUAUUGACAUUCACUAGAACAUAAUGAUUUUUUUAAGGUGGCCCUACUGGGUGCCAGAGUUGUUAGCAUGCUUAUUAGCUGGGUGUGUGUUUUCAAAGGCUCUCACAUGUCUGUCUGAAUUUAUUGUCAGAUUACAC